AUGGCUGCAAACGACCCGUUGCGGACCGGGCUCGAUAACUUCAAGAGCCACUUCGAGCGAAACAAUUCACAGAAUGUCAGCCCAACGAAUAAAUCAUUUCCCAGGAACGCUUCUGCUGUAUCGUCGGUAGCAAGCCCAAAAGGGUCGCUCUUUGGGUUCAAAACGCCACUUUGGCCUUCAAAAACAGAGGACGGCGAUGACAUGAAAGAUGACCUGUCCGCCGACGCGCCCGAUCAAAAGAGACCUUCUCCUCUGUCUAGUAGACAGAAGUCAGAUGCAACAAGCCUAGAUAGCACCACAUCAGCAUCAAGUCUCUCUACAUCACCCCCUAAUAGCAUCCGAUUUGACGAGCAGGAGGGAGAACUGGCGCCUCUGUGCCUGUUCGGACCAGCAGCUGAGUCAAUCAAUCCGUUCAUCAGGGCACUGCAGCUUCAGUAUCUGGUCAAAGACUCAAUAGAAGAGGGCAGGACAUCUGAGUCUGGCGGCCGAGCGCUAGCAUAUGCUACGCGCAACUGGCUCGAGAGCAGCCGCAAAGGGCAGCGUGAAUGGGAGGAUGCGAACGACGACCCACCGUGCGCUGUGUGCUGUGCGACGCAGGCGGACGCAGCUCGGUCGGUCCUGGAUGAGCAAUUCGGCUUUUGCAGCUCGUUGAACUUGCAGUAUAACGACUACGAGCAAUACGCCUGGUCCUUCGGCUCCAGGUAUGUGAUUGUCGAAAAACAGCAUUGGAAUCUGCGCCUAGAUUCGAUGCCGACAGAAGUCUGGGCAACGCGAAUGCUCCGGAAGCUCAGUGGAGUCCCAGUGCCCGACGUGGUCGCUGCUUGGAAAGAGGGCCACGUUGCCAUCACAAUAACCGAGCGUGCACGGGGGCGGCGUCUGUCGGACAUCUGGAAUACACUCUCUGAGGCCGUACGAGUCAGUAUUGCAAAACAAGUGACAGAAUGCGUAAAAAAAUGGAGAAGAAUUAAUUCUCCCAAGAUAUCGGCCCUUGACGGGAGUCCUUACCUUACCUCCGAGCGCAUGAUUGGGGGUUCUGAAGGGCAAUCCUUACUUUUUGAAACCGAGGGCCAAUAUCGAGAGCACAUUCGCGAACAGCUCGCAGGAGAGGGGUGGGAUGAUGACUUCAAGGAUUUAACACUCAGGUUGAUGCCGGGGACCCUACCAUUUGUCUUCACUCACGGUAAUCUCACAUUAAACAACAUAUUUAUCGAGAAUGAGCUGGUUUCUGCCAUCACCGGUCUAGAUCGUGCUGCAUACCUUCCGGUGUGGGCUGAAUCACUCGCCACACACUUUGCAUAUGGCACACACGAGCGUGAGUGGAAGGGGCUGUUAUUCAAGUACAUUGCUUUUCCGGAGAUAAAAGGGUACUGGAACGUGUGUCAGGAUCUCCAGAUAGCAAAGUCUCCCAAAGGAACAGAUGGCAAUACGAAGGCUAAGGGUGAAACACCAGCUCGACGUGUAACUCUCUCCAUUGCGCAUAUCCAAAGUGCGGGCAUUGAGAGGAAUACGAAGGAACAGCUUCAACAGCUUGACAAACAGCAACUGCAAGGGAAGGAGCAAAAGAAGAUCCACAAUGAAGAGCUUAAAGCAAGGCUUGAGGCACUGGUCGAAGAGAAGGAACGAAAAGAGGCGGAAGCUACAGCUCUACAAGAUGAAGAAAGGCGCCGUAAAGCGCCCAAGAAAGACUUAAAAGCUAAAAGGUCGACCAAGUUGGUCAUGCAGAGUUCGAGCGCUCAAACGGAGCCACGAGUGAAGCGAGCGUUAAAGGUACAGAAGAGACCAGAAGGCCUCGCGGAAUGGCUUGGGAGGCAUCCCUCGCAGGUUGCUGGCGGAAGUAUAGGAGAUGCAGAUGAGGAAGGGAACACAGUACAAGACAGAAUUGGAUCAUCACAAGCAAAGAAGCGACUGUCGGAAGAUGAACGAACGCCAGGUUGGGAGGCCGCUCUCCAGAGAGCAUACAGGAAAGACGGGACGGGCAGAAAGUCGGUUUUAGAAGCCCCUCGGAAGCAUGUACUUCAACCAGAAUAUGGGGAUCUAGCCGUCCAAGCUUCUGAGCCGCCACUCACACCCAACAAGCUCAUCGCAGAUAAUCCAGCACAUAUCAUCUACGCCAGGCAUGGCACGUCGGCUAAUGUCACCUACCCUGCCGGAUUUCACAUCAUGAGGAAAACCGGCAAGGGUGACGACUGUGGGCUGAUUUCCAUCCUGAAAAGUCUCCAAAACCAAUUCAAGCGCCUCAAAUCCCAGACGACGCUUCCCGACUUACGAAGUGCAAUGGAGUAUGCCAAGCACGAGCUCCACGCUCAGAACGAGGUCAACGUACAGUUUUACUCUCACCUAGAUCAACUCGCUUUGGCGCUACGUUACUGGAAUCCGAACGCGUAUGAGACUGUAGAUAUUCAGUUGGGAUGUGUCUUCAAAGAUGGAAGAGAGUACCGUGACCCGUACCCCACAGACAGCUCGACUACGACUCUAUGGAUCUACUCACAUCGUGAUUCAGCGGUUUCUGGUACUGGACCGAGUCCGAAGGAGCAUUACUAUGGACUUCAGCCAGUCUCUGUGUCUCUUGCCAAACCUCAAGUGGAAGCGCAACCUGCCGUCGGCGAUGCCGAGGGAUUUGACAGAAAGAGUAAGGAGGUAGUUGAAGCAAGCUCAGGAGGGCAGCAGCCCAAUCACCCCGGCAAUGACAACUUCAAUGGAGAAAAUCCCGACAGUUACAGGAUCAAGGACCUGCUAGUAACGACAACAGGAGAACCGCGCCAUGAUAUGGACGAGAUACUUGAAGAAGAUCUUAAGAGGGAGAAUUUCUCCCAAGUUGAACCUGGACCCAACCUCAAAGGAUCACAAGCCGAGUCUUCCACGGAGGCGCGGAAGAAUGAUAGAGAUCCAGAAGACAAAAAUGAAAGACAAUAUUUGAGAAACGAAGGUGAGCAAUACAGUGAUGACGAACCGAUGAAUAGUGAGGGCUACAACUCAGAUACUGGUAAUCGGGAGCCUCAGAUGAAGGCUGCACAAGACUUGGAGGAUGACUUGGAGGAAAAUGAGGGCACUGUAGUUUCCGACGAUGGGUUCAAAUCCGAGCAGAAAUCCGUUAGCGUCGAGUGA